UCUGGUCUCAAGUUCAGCGUCCAUUUCUAGUUUGCUCGUCAAACUAGAUUUUGUCAUUUUGUCUUCCUCUGAGGGAUUAAAACUAGUGACAGCUAAUCAUGAACUUGUUUUUAUUCGUUCUCCUGGCUGUGCAAAUACACAGCGUGGCGCCUGUGAUUCAUUCGGUGAAGUAUUUCGGCACUACAACCUCUCAAGUUCCAAACUUCCCAGAGUUUGUUUCGGUUGGUUAUGUUGAUGAAGUUCAGAUUUCUCACUAUGACAGCAACAGCAGGAAAGCAGAACCCAAACAGGCCUGGAUGAACAAAAUCACAGCAGAGGAUCCACGGUACUGGCAGACAGAGACAGAGACCAGUGUUGGUAAUGAACAGAGAAGCAAAGUCAGCAUUGAAAACAUGAAGAAGCGCUUCAACCAAACUGGAGGUGUUCACAUUUACCAGAGGAUGUCAGGCUGUGAAUGGAAUAAUGAGACUGAUGCGGUUGAUGGUUGGGAGCAGUACAGUUAUGAUGGGGAAGACUUAAUAUCAUUGGACACGAAGACAUGGACUUGGACCGCAGCAAAACCACAAGCUGUUCCCACCAAACACAAGUGGGACCAUGACAAAGCUUUGAUAGAACAUAAGAAGUAUUACUUCACUGAGCUUUGUCCUUCUUACUUGAAGAAGUACGUGAACAAUGGGGCGAACGUCCUAAUGAGAACAGAGCUUCCGGAGGUGUAUCUCCUCCAGAAGACGCCGUCCUCGCCGGUCAGCUGCUUCGCCACAGGUUUCUACCCCGACGGAGCGAUCAUGUUUUGGAGAAAAGACGGCGAGGAGCUCCACGAGGACGUCGAGCACGGAGAGCUCCUCCCCAACCACGAUGGAACCUUCCAGAUGGCGGUGGACCUGAAAGUGGAGGUGGCGGCCGAUGUGGAGGGCAAGUACGAAUGUGUGUUUCAGCUGGCUGGCGUCAAGGAGGACAUGGUCACCAAGCUGGAGAGAAAACGCAUCCUGAGCAAUGCAAGCCUUGAAGACAACUCCAGCUUAGCCAUCACUGUCACGCUGGCGCUCCUCGCUGCGGCGGCCAUCCUGGCAGCCAUCAUCUUCCUCGUCUGGCGUUGUAAAGACAGACCAGCCAAAUACGAUCCAGCUUGAUGGUUUGUGCACUGGAACGCAGAGCGAUGUCUCCAUCCCUGAGGGACGUCAUCACUGUUGAAUCACACAUUGAGAUGUCAUUUCCUCAUGUUAUAUACUGUCUUCUUUUGGUGUUUAUGGCUUAGAAAACACGGUCUAUCAAAUAUUUUUGCCGGAUUAGUGGAUGAUAUUUUGUCAGUCAAUCAGGUUGGUCUUUGUGUCCAUGUCUAUGGUCUAUGUCAUCAUUUGGGACUCGUGUCAUCACAUUCACAAGGAUUUCUUCUUUCUUUUUGAAACCGAUAGGUAGCUGCUUAUGGGUGAAUACCACAUUGUGUCACAUGUCUCCUGGCCUUUCAAUACGUUUUGUUCCAAGGUGUGUACGCUUCAAACUGAUUUUUGCGGGGUAACGAGAGGCACAGUUGAAGACAAAUACAUUUUCUUUGUUUAUUUGCAUUAUUGUGUACUUGUCAUGGAUUAACAAGCCUUUAAGGUAAAAGAUGUAGCAGGUGAUUGGAUUUGCAAUGCUACUUUUAAAUGACCGUAAGUCUCCAACUAUCAAAAUAAUUGCAGUGGUUUCUGAGACUAGAGAGACUGGUGAGGCAGGUUAGGGAAGAUGAGGCUUUGACAAAAGCAGAGUGGGGGUUUGUUUACAGAGCAGUGCAAGCCAGUGUGACGGAGAGGGACAGAAACGAAGGCUUUCUAUGACAAAGUGCUGCAAAAGUUAUAUUUUAUCAGACUUUUUUUUUUUACCAUUAGGUUUUGGAUGUUGCUGUGUUGUCGCAUUUUUGCUGUGUUUUUGCUCAAUGAAAAAUGCAGAGGAGGUGGUCUGGGAAGUAACCAAGGGAGAACGAUCACAUACUUUUGAUAUUCAAUGUUUAAUCAUUCUUGGUUUAUAUUACAAAUCCUUUGCUCAUAUACACUGUGGGUGUCUUAUCAGUAAAUACCUUUCAAAUUAAAUUCUGUUUUUGGGGAUGGUCUUUGUACACAUUAUAACAGUUUCAGCAUGCAGUCAUGCAAAAGAGAUCUUUUAAAGUAGUUCUGAAAAAAGGGACACACGCACAUACAGCAGAUUGUAGGACACUUUAACAGCUAAAAUAAGACUAAAAAUUCCAGGUGGACAGUUGCAGUUACAGUAGUAGGUGUGGUGGAUGUGACCCGUGAGUUAAAAAGCUUGCUCUAGAAUGUUCUGCCACUUUUUAAACAGGUUGGUUUCUUUGCAAUAUUGACUGAUUUGAAGCUGCUGUAGCAAGACCAAUCAGGAUGGGACGCAUGACGAUUCCAGAAGCUACCUGAUGAGUGUGCAUUAUCAGUUUCCCUCCACGUCUUGUUUUGUGCUACCAAGCAUACGUUACCUGGGACGCACGUUUUGACAAAGGGAAAAUGACUACAUUUUUAAAAAAGAGAAGCUUUGUGCACUCGGUAGCACUGCUAACGUGUACUGACCUCUAAUUCUCUGCUGGGUUACGUGAAUGUUAGUUGGAGUGAGACGUGGUUCAGGGCCGGAGUCAGCUGGCCACACUGGUCCCUGCUAGCUGUAGAAUAGCUAACAAGUGACACUUAAUUGGGGCUAAAAUGCAGAAGAAGCUGAUAAAACGUGGCUUCCAGCGCCAUCACGUUCAACGGAAGACUCUGGUUUUUGUUAAACACAGCAAAUUACCAAAUAAAAAAAAAGCUUCAUAGUAACAACCAUGACCAACAAAAGGCACCGCCUCCAGCUUUUGAGGAACUAUUUGUUAGGGGGUCAUACUGCGCCUAAAUCUGAAUUUACUAUGAAAGAAUUUACUCAUGUUAAAAAAUAUAUAUUUUUUUAUAUUUAAAAGUAUGAAACACGAUGAAAGCCUAUCAGAGGUUCCUCAACAUGUUUUAUGUCUAAAAUAAUACUUCAGAUCAUUUUCAAUAGUGCAACAAGUGUCUUUGAAGUUGCAUUGUCCAAAUAUGCAUUAUAUGCGUGUGUAUAUACAGUGUAUAUAUAUAUAUAUGCAAUACUUUAAUUUAAUGGCCAAAUCAAAAACAAAAAAAUGAGGACAUUUUCAUCACUUUCUGAAAAAAAAAAAGACACAAAAACGGGACAGAAAAUGAAAACAGAACAUGUACUGGACAAACAGCAUGUUUAGUCACCCUAAUCUGUUUGUAUAUGCCCAUCACUUUGUUAAAGAGAAAGAAGAGGCUUCACUACACAUCUUAAAAUUAAGCUCUGUCAACUAUCUGCCAGCCAGCUACAGACGUGGGAGCUAUAAGUUUGAUCAUUUUGUGAUGUAUGACAUCUACGACGUACUGGACAAGUACAGAGUUACAAAGUAUAUGCAGAAAGUAGAUAAAGUACACAACGCGGCUUCUUGGAGAGACACACACACACUGAUGGAGACAAACACCGCUCAUUAGCAUUUAUGCUACAUACACACAAAGCGGUGUGUUCCCAGUAAGGCUUCCUAUAAGCACUGAAAAUAUCUCAUUUUUUGCAUUUAUUUAGAAAUGUAUUUCACAAAAAUCAUUGAAUCUGGACAGGCACGUGAUGUAACUAAACAACAGCACACACAACAACAGGCUGUAUAGGCGUCCGAUAUUAUCACACAUUAUUUAUUAUUCGGCUACACAAGGGGUGUCCAUACUUUUACAGCAUACUCAGAAAAUUAAAAGGAUGUGGGGCCCAUUUAUAAACUUUAUUGAAAAACAACCCAUGUAGAUCUGCUGGGAUUUUUUCAAAUUUGUUUUAUAAAGAAAAAGUCUGCAUCUUUUAUAAAGUCUACAUUUUUUUAUAAAGAAAAACAACAGUCUGCAUCUUCGCUGUGUGUUACUGGUGACAAAGCGUAUUGUUGAUAUUUUUUACAUUACGGUACACUUUUUGCUGUUUUUUUCCAUUUUCUUAAAUAUUUUAUUUAUAAUUGUUUCUUCUUGUAAUAUUAUGUCUUUAUUUUCAUAAUAUUCUAACUUUAUCAUCAUAUUAUAUCUUUUACCCUACUGAAUUUUCCUAAAAUUGAUACUUAUUCUUUUUGAUUUUCAUGAUAUUCUAAAAAAUAUGAUUUAAAAAAAAUUGCUUUUAACAUUUUAACUUGAUGCUAUUUUUUCUCUUAAUGUUAUGACUUUAUCCUCCUAAUAUUACGGCUGUAUUCUCAUAAAAAUGAAUUUCCAUUUUUGUUGUUGACAGCCGCAAGCCCCCGGGCCACACUCUGGUCACCCCUGAGCUCCACAAUAGCAUAAAGAACAUACUGUACCUGGGGGGCUGAAUUAGGCUAAAUUAACAUAACAAGUCAGCAAAUCCAACUAUCAAGUUACCAGUUCGCAAAUUCACCAAGCUCCCGAUCUCAUGUCACAUCACUGUUGCGGUUGCCGGUGGUAAAUUUCCCUCCUUUAUUCAAGUCAGUCAGUAUAAAUUAACAUUUAAAACAAACGUGUUAAAGAUGUAUAAAUGUUGGCAUAGUAGUCACACCAAUAAUGAAUCGCAGGACCAUCCAAACCUUGGAAAAAAAAAGUGAUUUAUAGUCUGAAAAAUACCGUAGGUUUUAGACAACAUGCUUUUGGCGGCCUAUGUGGGGCCUGUAAAGUAGAAAUUUGAAAAUGCUCAUCAAGUGUUUGCUAGAGGACUGUAGCCAUCAUACAUCACACCAAACUGAUCUGCACAUGAACAUGACAGGUAAUGCUAUUCCAUCAAACUGAUCAAACUUCAUGGUUAAGUCAUCACAUUUAGACAACCGAGAGCGAAGUAUUCCUUAGCGUUGGUCGGUGGGAAUAUGAGCGCAGGUUUGCCCAUGACGCUUAUCUUUACCAGCUCAUUACUGCAGCGGCUGCUGAUCUGUGGCAUUUAUCUGGCCUGGAAGAAACAGCCAAUUAUCCAGCGCUUAUCUGCUGCUGCAAUCAGAAUUGAAAUGGCGCCAUCAAUUUCAGACGUGGAUGCAAACGAGAUGACGGAUGCAGACAGUAUGCCUGAAACCUUACGGAAGUGCAUUUGUUUUAAAAAGUGUAUUUUUUUUUUUACAGUUAAAUGCACAACUGUUGUGCACUAGUAAUAUUAAUAACAUGAGCACUCAACCAUUAAGGACCCAUGAUGGCCGCGUCAUAAACAUAACGACCCUUUUAGUGUGGUACUAAGAACAUUACUAGCGCCUUUUUCUUAAUGUGUACACAAUAGAACAUUUUUAUGCAUGUAGGCUGAAACAACCACACCAAUCUCAACUCAGACCAGAAUUUAAAGGGCAUUUUUGACAUUUUACAACAGUGGUUUUAGUCCAAAAACACACAAAAAGGACCUACCACACAACAGGUAUUAUAAACAAGACAAUAUCAAAUUAUUGUU